AUGUCUAAUAUUUCAUCGGUUGGAGUUGUACCUGAUAAUAUCCUCCCAAAUCUGAUUUUCAGGAUCAUCGACAUUCAUGCCCCUGACCGACCAUUCCUCCCACGAGAUUUCAUCAAUGCUGUGGCUCGCAUUGGGAGCAUAUGGGGAGUCGACGGUCUUGAUGAGAGAAUAAGAAGCUUAUGUGAGGUCGAUUGUGAUGAUAAUGAUGAUGAUCCUUGGGAGUGUUAUGUUAGAGAGUAUGAGGUGUUGAUGGCAGUCGAUGGUGAACUGCGAGAGAUCUUCACAACUCUCGCACGUAGAGGAGGUGGCAUGCGAACAGUUGGAGAGAUGAAUGGAGUGAAGGAUGAGACUUGCCACUCGGUUGGUCUAGCUUUGGUAGCAGCUCUCUUGUGGGCAAUCGAGGCUGAGUCUUCUGAUGCCAGUACACACCAUUUCGCACACGUAGCGUCUUAUGUGAGCGGUGCGUUCAUGCUGGCAUUUGGACUGUAUUUUUUGGUUAAAGCGAAGACCGAGCUCGAGAAAAUCUCACAAGUUGUCGAUUCGCGCACCUCUCGACGAUGGCACUUGGCUGACCGUGAUGUGAAUGACAACGUCGCUUUCGAGCUACUAGACGAUGAUUUGGUCCACGAGUUAGAAGUGGGGGACGAUAAGGAGGCCGAUGUGGAACUUGAGGAUAAGGCAGCGCAGAUCGUUGGUGCUUCAGCUGACACCACUCAACCAAACAGCCCAUCGGAUCACUCCAUUGGUUUACCUCACGUUGUAGAGCCUGCGAUAGAGCCCCGAAUUAAAUGUUGUAUGUUCGCUACUGGCGGCCGGACUCGAGCGAGAUUGGUGCAGGCGUUAGUAUCGUUCUGUGCUGGCAUACUGGGAGGGAUCGCCGGCCCUGGAGGAAUGCUGGCGAUCGUCCCUGCAACGUAUUAUGACACUGCAGCUGAGGCUUUCGCGUACAUCGGUACGUUCUUCAUAGCGUCAACGUUGAUGAUGGGGAUUGUCGCGGCUAUUUACGGUGAAGUUUACCGAAUGCCCAUUGCUCAACCCCACAAGUCAAGUCAUGCUGUCAAGCAAGGCCUCGGGUAUCGGCAAUUCUGUCUAGGGUAUGAUGUCCUUCCUUCCUUCGCUGAGUGUGACGACUACGACGUUGAUGUUGACACUAGGCCGAAGAGGAAUAGUUACAAGAAGGGUCGUGUGCCGAUGCGGAUGUUCGUGGCUGAUGAACCCGGCUUGCGACUGAGUGCGACGAAGUUGGAAAUGGUCGAGAAGGAAACUGAUGCUAAUUUGAAGUUACCGAGAUUCGUGGCUGCUGAGGUUGUUGCAGAGAGACCCCUUCCAACGAGGCGCAAGAAGUGGGCUAAGUUACUCGAUGGUUGGGAGGUUGUCCACGAGGAUGAUAUGUGGUUUAUCGUUGAGGAGAAGCAAGGGUGUUCAUCUCGACGGUCGUACGCUGAUGUGGCUGUGAAUGAGAUGGGAAUCGAUGCCUAUGGUGAACCUCAUUUGGUGCCGACUGUUUUGGGUGAGAACACCACUGAGAUGUCUGUGAAGCCGAUGAGGAAGGAUGUGGGAGUUGGUUGUGAUGAUGAGCAGCAGUGUGGUGAUGUGAAAGGCAAUUGGGAGAUGAAGUUUAGUAGAAGUUUGAGAGGGAAAGUUGAAGAACGUCGGCGACACCAUCUACGGGCCGAGCGUAAGAAAGAGAGGAAAAUGAAGAGAAAGGCUGGUAAGGCCUAA